UCCUUUUUGCUGCAAUUUUCACAUUGGAGAGAGAGAAAGCAGCCAAUAGCUUCGCAUGAAUGGAGACGAAUAUCAGAAACAGGAGAUGAUUCAGAGAUGGAAACCCUAGAUACUUUAUCAAUGUUCGAGUAAUUAUUUUCUGCUUGGUUUUAAUCUUCUGCCCGUCAUAACUUCGAUUCUGUCGGUCAAUUUCAUAGCAAUUGGAUUUUACCUCGAUUCGAUCUGAGGAUUUUUUUGGCUAAUCGAAGCGGCGGCGAGGAAUAUUUAGAUAGGCGAUUGUAGAGGAAAAAUUUUGUUGAAAAAAAAUGCCGUCGCACGCGGAUGUAGAUCGGCAGAUCGAGCAAUUGAUGGAGUGCAAGCCGCUAUCGGAGGCGGAGGUGAAGACGUUGUGUGAUCAAGCAAGGGCGAUACUCGUGGAGGAAUGGAAUGUGCAACCGGUGAAAUGUCCGGUGACCGUGUGCGGUGAUAUCCACGGACAAUUCUACGAUCUGAUUGAGCUUUUUCGAAUCGGCGGCAACGCUCCUGAUACUAAUUACCUCUUCAUGGGCGAUUAUGUUGACCGUGGAUACUAUUCUGUCGAGACUGUCUCACUAUUGGUUGCUCUGAAGGUCCGUUAUAGAGAUAGAAUCACAAUUCUUAGGGGAAACCACGAAAGCCGACAGAUCACUCAAGUGUAUGGGUUUUAUGAUGAAUGCUUGAGGAAGUAUGGAAAUGCUAAUGUUUGGAAGUAUUUCACUGAUCUCUUUGAUUAUCUACCAUUGACGGCACUUAUAGAGAGUCAGAUAUUCUGUUUGCAUGGAGGACUCUCACCAUCCCUUGAUACACUCGAUAACAUCCGAGCACUGGACCGUAUACAAGAGGUACCACAUGAAGGACCGAUGUGUGAUCUCCUGUGGUCUGAUCCAGACGAUCGCUGUGGUUGGGGAAUAUCACCUCGAGGGGCUGGUUACACAUUUGGACAGGAUAUAGCAUCUCAGUUCAAUCACACUAAUGGUCUCUCACUGAUUUCUAGAGCCCAUCAGCUUGUCAUGGAAGGUUAUAAUUGGUGUCAGGAUAAGAAUGUUGUAACAGUAUUUAGCGCUCCAAACUAUUGUUACCGGUGUGGUAAUAUGGCUGCAAUUCUAGAAAUAAGUGAAAACAUGGAGCAGAAUUUCCUUCAGUUUGACCCAGCUCCUCGGCAGAUUGAGCCUGAUACUACAAGGAAGACUCCUGACUACUUCUUGUGAUUCGAAUACUUGAGCUGACUGUAUCCCGCCCAUCAAUAUCGUAUCCCUGUAGAUGUGUCUUAAAAAAAGAGUUAUGUUAUUUGAGGAUUAAUAUCAUCAUCAUUCUUUUGUUUGGAGUUUGCUCUGCUGCUGGCUUUUAACAUAUGCCCGGAGAUUCGCCAGAGUUUUGACGAAAGGCCUUAGUGUCUUGUCGUGUAUAUUUUUCUCAAAAAGAAGCAGCAAUAACAUGGUACAUUGUGAUCUGUAAUUUGAAAUUCAUCGUAGAAAGCAUGUUUCUUUUAGAUGUGAA